UAAAACACUCUCGCAGCAUUUAGCAAACAUCUGCAUACGGAGCCCAUAAGGUUGUGGGGCUCACAUGUGUGACUGGCGAUCUGUGGAUACUCGACAGUAUAAAAUGGAGUGACAAAAAUUCUCUAGUCACAGGAUUGCUCUAUAUUCUCUGACACUCACAGAGAGAGAAAGAGAGAGAAAUGGCGGAGGAGAAGGAAAGGCACGGCGGCGGCGGAGGAGGAGGAGGAGGAGGGGGGAUAGUGAAGGUGGAGCCGAAGCCGAACAAAGGGUUGAGUUCAAAGGUGAUAGACUUUGUGGAGAAGGUGAUGGUGAAGUUCAUGUACCAGAACAACAACCAUUCUUCUCAGCCUCACCACUAUCUCUCCGGUACAUUCACUCCCGUUUCUGAAGAGACCCCUCCCACCACCAAUCUCCUCGUCAAAGGCCACCUUCCUGAAUGCUUAAAUGGAGAGUUUGUUAGGGUGGGUCCGAACCCAAAGUUCACCCCUGUGGCUGGAUAUCACUGGUUUGAUGGAGAUGGUAUGGUUCACGGUUUGCGCAUCAAAGAUGGGAAAGCAACCUAUGUCUCCCGCUAUGUAAGGACAUCUAAGCUUCAACAAGAAGAGUAUUUUGGAGGUGCUAAAUUUUUGAAGCUUGGAGAUCUCAAGGGACUGUUUGGAUUAAUCACAGUGAUCAUGCAAAUGCUGAGAGAAAAAUUGAAAGUAUUAGAUGUUUCAUACGGAACUGGAACUGGUAAUACUGCUCUCAUAUAUCACCAUGGGAAACUUCUAGCACUUCAAGAGGCUGAUAAACCUUAUGUCCUUAAAGUUUUGGAGGAUGGAGAUCUUCAAACUCUUGGCAUGUUGGAUUAUGACAAGAGAUUGGCGCAUUCUUUUACUGCUCAUCCAAAAGUUGACCCAUUCACUGGUGAGAUGUUUACAUUUGGCUAUUCAACUUCACCACCAUAUAUCACUUACAGAGUAAUUUCCAAGGAUGGUUUCAUGCAUGACCCUGUACCAAUAACAAUAUCAGAGCCCAUCAUGAUGCAUGAUUUCGCCAUUACUGAAAACUAUGCUAUUUUUAUGGAUCUUUCAUUGUGUUUCAAAAAAAAGGAAAUGGUGACAGAAAACAAGCUGAUAUUGAAAUUUGACACAACAAAAAAAGCUCGCUUUGGUGUACUUCCUCGAUACGCAAAAGAUGAGCUGCAAAUCAGAUGGUUUGAGCUUCCAAGUUGCUUCAUCUUCCAUAAUGCUAAUGCUUGGGAGGAGGAGGAUGAAGUUGUUCUGAUCACUUGUCGCUAUGAGAACAUAGAUAUGGACAGGCUGAAUGGGAUUGUCAAAGAAGAGCUCAAAAUUUUAUCAUCUGAGCUGUAUGAGAUGAGAUUCAACAUGAAAACUGGUCUAGCUUCACAGAAGAAAUUAUCAACGUCUGUUGUAGAGUUUCCUAGGGUGAAUGAGAGCUACACAGGCAGGAGACAACGGUAUGUAUACGGAACCAUAUUUGACAGCACUGCAAAAAUCACUGGGAUUAUCAAAUUUGAUCUGCAUGCUAAACCAGAGACUGGAAAAACAAAACUCGAAGUUGGAGGAAAUGUUCAAGGCAUCUAUGACUUUGGACCUGGCAGAUUUGGUUCUGAGGCUAUUUUUGUCCCUCGCGUGCCUGGCAUGACAUCUGAAGAAGAUGAUGGCUACUUAAUAUUCUUUGUGCAUGAUGACAAUACUGGAAAAUCAUCAGUUAAUGUACUUGAUGCAAAAACAAUGUCAGCUGAUCCUGUUGCAGUUGUUGAGAUACUCCACAGAGUUCCCCCCGGUUUCCAUGCCUUCUUUGUAACAGAGGAGCAACUUCAAGAGCAGGGGAAAUCAUGAUUGUCUGAUUGUUAGAAAUCCCACAAUAACUUUGAAAUAGAGAAAGUGCAAGUCAAGAGGAUCCAUGUAAACGUCCACACCAAAAAAUAAAACUGUACUCUCCCAAUAUUGUUCCUGGGGAUCCUUCUAAAUUAAGAGGAAAAAUAAAAUUGUUAUAAUUCCUGUGGCCACCAGUGAGAAGUAACCCUAAUUAAAAAAAUAUUGGACUUUGACAAUGUGAUAUGAGGGUUCAUUAUCAAAUUUAGCUUAUCUUUUCUAAAAGAUUA